CUGCUUUCUUCGGAAACAAAAAGGUAAAAUCUUUUCCAGUUUGGAAUCCCAACUUCAAAACCCUGUCGCUUUAUCUGCUCAAGGGGUUUUUGUAGGGUUCAUCCUUUCUCUAUUUCCCAGCAUAGGGUAUACAGAUAAGACCUCCUUUCUUGUUUCAAAGAAGGUAAGAAAGAAGAAAAAAGAGAUGGGUUCAUUGAGAAAUGAUGAAACAGAGAGGAUGUUGCCUGAACAGAAGGAAAUUGAGGAAGAGGAAGAACCCAUCUUGAUGGAGCAACCCCAGAAGUACUGCAUGUUUCCCAUUAAGUACCCGCAGCUUUGGGAGAUGUACAAGAAAGCGGAGGCCAGUUUUUGGACUGCGGAGGAGGUUGACCUCUCACAGGAUGUGCAGCAUUGGGAGACGUUGUCCCGGUCUGAAAAGCACUUUAUAAGUCACGUGCUAGCAUUCUUUGCUGCAUCAGAUGGGAUUGUUUUGGAAAAUUUGGCUGCCAGAUUCCUGAAUGAUGUGCAAAUUCCUGAGGCUCGGGCAUUUUAUGGGUUUCAAACUGCUAUGGAAAAUAUACAUUCUGAGAUGUAUAGCUUGCUUUUGGAAACUUAUAUCAAGGACUCAAAGGAGAAGCACACAUUGUUCAAUGCAGUUCAAAACAUUUCUUGUGUUGCACAAAAAGCCAAGUGGGCUUUGAAUUGGAUUAGGAGUUCUAGCUCAUUUGCUGAGAGGCUCGUCGCUUUUGCUUGUGUAGAAGGCAUUUUCUUCUCUGGGAGUUUCUGUGCCAUUUUUUGGCUUAAGAAAAGAGGAUUGAUGCCGGGAUUGACAUUCUCUAAUGAACUUAUUUCUAGAGAUGAGGGUCUGCAUUGCGACUUUGCUUGCCUCCUGUACAGUUUACUACGGAAGCAACUACAUUGGCAGAGGGUUCAUAUAAUCGUGCAAGAAGCCGUAGAAAUUGAGACCGAAUUUGUCUGCGAUGCCCUCCCAUGUGCACUCAUUGGUAUGAAUUCGACCUUAAUGAGCCAGUAUAUAAAGUUUGUUGCUGAUAGACUGCUGGUUGCUUUAGGAUACGAGAAGAAGUAUAAUGUGGAAAACCCUUUUGACUGGAUGGAAUUCAUUUCUUUACAAGGGAAAGCUAACUUCUUUGAGAGAAGAGUGGGCGAUUAUCAGAAGGCUUCUGUCAUGUCAAGUUUGCAAGAUGGUUCCAAAAAUUACGAAUUCAAGAUGGAUGAAGACUUCUAGUCAUCACUGUUGUUUCUCUUUUCAUUGGUAGCAAGUUGGAUGCUGAAUCAGGGCAUCCCAAAUUUUGUGGAAAAAACAUUUGAUAGCAUAUAUUAUUGUAGUUAAAUCAUCUGGAAUUCAAUUGUCACCAUAGUGGUCGUCUGUGGUGUAUGAGUUAUAACCGUCCUCAAGUUUA